AUGGCCUCCAGCAACCCAUCAUAUCUCAUUGUUGGAGCUGGGGUCUUUGGUGUCUCUACAGCGUACCAUCUCAUCAAGAAAUACCCAAGCGCAUCCGUGACAAUCGUGGAUCGCGAUGCUUACGACGCAGAGAGUCGCGUAGCAGCGUCGUGGGAUUGGAACAAAGUUGUGCGCGCUGAUUACGAUGACAUUGACUAUUGUGCACUGGCACUGGAGGCGCAGGAUGCAUUUAAGACUGAUCCGCUAUGGAAGCCUUACUUUGUCGAGACGGGUAUCUACUGGAUUUGCCGUACGGACUACGCCCAGGAUGUGAUCAACAACUACAAGAAGCUUGGCAGAAAGGCUGAUCUGCAGGCUGUCCCUGUGGAGAAAGCUAAGAAACUCUACGGAGGCCUGUUUGAAGACGCCGACUAUGAGGGCGCCAAAGAGGUGCUGGUCAACAGGACCAGCGGUUUCGCUCACGCCGGUGAUGCCCUGAGGGCCGUCACCAAAGAGGCAAUUAGGCUGGGUGUCAAAUACGUUGUAGGUGAGGUUGCUACAGUGACCCUCGACAACAUGGGUGUUUGCACUGGUGUCAAGACCAAGUCCGGUCAGGUCCUCCAGGCCACGCACACCAUUCUGUCGACGGGAGCAUACACGGCCAAGCUGCUAGAGCAUAGCGCACAGAGCAGUGGGAACAAGACCAUCAGCGCAGGGGACCGCAUCGUCGCUGGCGGUAUCACCACCGGUAUGGUCACACUCGACGACAAGUCGUACGAGAAGUUCAAGACCAUGCCAGUUGGCGUGCAAGGAUAUCGCGUUGAGACAGGCCCUUUUAUCGGGAGCCUGCCGCCGACAAAGGAUCGGGAAUUAAAAUGGUGGGGACAGAAAAUCUUCACGAAUGUGCAAGAAGUCUUACCGGGUAAGAAGCUCUCUGCCCCACCGCCAGAGCCAGACUAUGCGCAGUGGAAGGUUUCAAACCCCCUGAAAGAGGACAUUGUGUAUGCAAACAAGGUGUUCUACGGGAAGAAAGCGGCAGAUUGGAAGCAAGAGAAGCACCGUAUUUGCUGGGACGCUUUUACGACCAGCUGCGACUUCAUCAUUUCGCCCCAUUCGGGAGCUAAGGGACUCUAUGUUGCCACCUGUGGUUCCUUCCACGGCUACAAAUUCUUCCCUGUACUGGGCAAGUACAUCGUGCAAAUGAUGGAGGGCGAGCUGGCGCCAAAUCUGAAAGAGAAGUGGGCGUGGGACCGAGAGCGGCCGGACAGCGCCGGCUACGCGGAUUAUCCUAGGUUUGAGAUGAAAGAUCUCCUAGAUUACAACGCCAGGCUAUAA